CCUGACACUGCGACGACCAACAAUUAAUUCAUGCUUGAUGGGGUGUGGAGCCAAUACAUAGAGUGGGUUGGACUCCGGACGCUACCGCUUAAGCCACUUGCGCGAUGAGUCGCUCUGAAGGCACCUACUUCCAAACAGUCCUGCCCUUUUUCAUGGUCUUUGGCGGGUGCAUGUCAGCUGUCAUUGCAAUGGAGUAUGUUCUGAAGGCCAACCCAAAGGCCGGAAACCUUCUGAGCAUAUCUGAGUUUGCCUUUGUUUUGAUCCAAAGCUUUCCGAGCCGCAUAGUUGCAAAGGCUGGUUCGAUUGGACUGCGGCCGCUGCAGAUGCCCAAAGAGAGUCAUUUCUACCAUGCUGCUCUUUGGGUGUCUAUGUCUGUACUGGCCAAUGUUGCCUUCAGCUUCAACAUAUCGGUGCCAAUUCACACCCUUUUUCGAUCCUGCAACGUGAUUGCGUCAGUUUUGCUCGGGUACUCGCUCUUUGGCCAGCGCUACUCCUUGAAGCAACUGGUUUGUGUGCUCUUCAUAACAGUUGGCAUUUUUCUGGGCAGUGUGGGUGAUGCGAAGCAGUUUUUGGGCUGUUCGGAUUGUGGCCCAGGUGCUACCACAAAGUCUCACGCAGAUGAGGGCUUCAUAAGAUGGAGCAUUGGUAUCGCCCUCCUGAUCUUUGUACAGAUACUCCAAGGCUUCUUGGGGCACACUCAGGCCGUGCUUUACAAGCGCCAUGCAAACUGUGGCACGAAGAGCGAGCUUGCAGAAGAGUUUCUCUUCACAUCGCAUCUUGUGAGCUUCCUUCCCUUCAUUUUCCUGUGGGAAGACGUUGUGGCGGCAGCGAGGCUUGCGCUGGAGUCGGCCCCAAUCAGCAAUGCACUUCCAAUUCCAAUACAGCUGCUGUUCUUCCUGGCAAACAAUCUGUGCCAGCUAGUUUGCAUCAAAGGGGUGUUUCGACUCUCAGCGCAUUUCUCUCCUUUGACAGUGAACAUCACUCUGUCAGUCAGGAAGUUUCUGUCCGUUGUGGUGUCAAUCUUGUGGUUUGGGAAUGCCUGGACUACUCUUCACAGCAUUGCAACCGUUUCAAUAUUCGGAGGAGUUUUUGCAUACUCCCAGUGCCGAGCUGUCGUGGUGGACACGAAGGACAAGGAUGCAAAAAAGGAGUGAGGAGUUGUGGGUUGACAAAGGUUUGGAAGGGCCACGCUCAGGUUGCAUUCCUUUGCAGCUCAAAGAAAGCCGCAUGGGUGAAAAUGAAGCAGAGACAAAUACAAGGGCCAG